AUGACUCCUUUUUGGUGUAAUUUUUUAAAUGUUUCAUGUUUAUUGCUAAUAAUAGUUAUAGUAGUAAUAAUGAUAAUAGUAAUGAAAGUUCUGUUUUUCAGGGCACUGCGUAUGUUAUGUACUUCGACAACGAAAUAUUCGGAUUCUACUGAACAGCCAGCGUUAUCUGAUCAAGAUAUGACGCUGUAUAAGUUAUAUCGACCUGAGCGUGAAAUACCUAAAAAGCGAGGAAUGGAUUUAUUAAAAGACAGUCGAAUUAACAAAGGAAUGGCAUUUGGUUUAUUUGAACGACAGUAUCUUGGAAUACAUGGAAUGCUUCCACCAGCAUUUAUGACAGAAGAGCAGCAAGCAUAUCGAAUAAUUCAUAAACUUCGACAACAACCUAAUGAUCUUGCACGAUAUAUCCAGUUAGAUGGUUUGCAGGAUCGAAAUGAAAAAUUAUUCUACCGAGUUUUAUGCGAAAAUGUUAAAGAAUUGAUGCCAAUCGUCUAUACACCAACAGUUGGCUUAGCGUGUCAGAAUUUUGGAUAUAUUUACCGAAAACCGAAAGGUCUUUAUAUUACCAUAAACGAUAACAGUAUCAGUAAAAUUCAUCACAUCUUGUCCAAUUGGCCAGAAGAAGAUGUUCGAGCAAUUGUAGUUACUGAUGGCGAGCGUAUUCUUGGUUUAGGUGAUCUUGGAUGUUAUGGUAUUGGAAUACCUGUCGGGAAGUUGGCAUUAUACGUUGCUUUAGGUGGUGUACAACCAAAAUGGUGCCUUCCUGUACUAAUGGAUGUUGGCACAAAUAACGAAGAGCUAUUGAAUGAUCCGUUUUACAUUGGUUUACGUCGUAAGCGUGUUCGCGGUGAAGAAUAUGAUCAGCUUAUUGACAAUUUUUUGUUAGCUUGCAGGAAAAGAUUUGGACAGAAAGUGCUUGUGCAGUUCGAGGAUUUUGCAAAUCAGAAUGCUUACCGUUUGUUAGAAAAGUACAGGAACAGAUACUGCACAUUUAACGAUGAUAUACAAGGCAACUGUGGCUUUUUCUUCACUUUACCAGUACCUUCUCAUUUCUUUCUAAGUGAUCGGACAUCAUCAGAUACCAAAAUUGUAGGAACUGCAUCUGUCGUAGUCGCUGGUCUUCUUGCUUGUUCGAAGUAUACCGGUAGACCGCUAUCAGAUGAAAAAUUUGUUUUUCUGGGUGCGGGAACUGCUUCCAUGGGUAUCGCUGAAAUGUGUGUUUCGCAAAUGGUGGCUGAAGGCUUAUCAAAGGGUGAGGCAUACAAUCGUAUUUAUCUAUUAGAUAUUGAUGGAUUGAUCACGAAACAACGAAAAAAUAUAAGCGAUUUGCACAUACCAUACGCAAAAGACUUGCCUGAUACAAAAAAUUUAUUGGAAGUAAGCAGAAAUUCAAAUCUGCCCAUAGAUUUCUUAUUUUCGUUAAUUGGCUUUAUUCCUAUUCUGUUUUUCUUUCAACAUAUAUUUCUAUACGAAAGUUUUGUCAAGUCUUAUAGUCUUAUAAAAUCCUAGUU